AUUAAACAUCAACCCUAGUUUCCUCUGCCGGGAGGAACCACAAGCGGCCCGCCAAUCUCCGUCGCCGGCAUGGACCCCCACCCCGGCCUCUGUCGUCGGCCACCUUGCUGACAAACACCGCGGGCCUCCGUUGACGGCCACCAACGUCAGCUUAGUCGCCAACAUGAACCACCAACGCCCCAAUCCAAUCUUAGCCAUUAGAUCAAGAUUUGAUGGUUUCAAUUGACAGUGCUCACCUAAUGGUGUCGCACAUCUAAAGGAUUAAAAUGGACGUAUAAAGCAGAACUGGACAGGCUAUGCAGAAUCGUACUGUAGGCCUUCACGGUAAAACAGAUCAGAGUUCUUAUCAAAAUGAUCUGAGCUUUUUCAAAGACAUGGUGUGCUUUUGUUUUGCAUUGGGUUCUUUCAUUAGCUGUUCUAAAUUUAAAUGAGUGUGGUAUAUUUUUUAUUGAAAGAGUAAAAUUAAAGGGGCUCUUAUUGAUUAUUUGGUAUUGUGAUCAGGGAGCACAAUACCAGGAUGGGACGUUUUCUUGAUGUGGUUGUGUCUGGCCUGGAUCGACCUCAAUUAAAUGAAGUCUCUACCCAUUCACAAUAAAUUAUAAAUGAAACUUGCUAUGCCUUCAAAUUCACAUAAAGAAAUGUGAUUUUUUUCUGAUGUCCUUAUCCUAUUCCGUUGGGCCUAGCAUUGAUGACACUAUAUACUUGAGGAUGUCACUUUGAUUUUCUACAAUUUAUUCAGUACUUCAGUAAAUAGUAGUACACUGAUCUUAUGGAGUAACUUAGAUUAUUCCCUGGAUUCUUUGUUUUUUUGUUGUGCCCAGAGCAUAGUGGGCAUUUAGUAAGUGCAUAGUACGGAGAAGAAUAAAAGAAAAGAAAAAAAGAAUUAACCACCCGUUUAUUAUCGCAUUUGUAUAUUUUCAUACAUUUGUUGUUCAAUUUUCAUAUUAGGCGGGCCUCUCUUGUUGAUGGAGCUGGCUUUUCUUUUGAGAGGUGUUGGUACUGAUGUCUGGUGGAUCACAAAUCAAAGACCAGCCGAAACAGAUAAUGUCAUAUACAGUUUGGAACAUAAAAUGCUUGACCGAGGAGUACAGGUUCUCCCUGCAAAGGGCCAAGAGGCAAAAGAUGCUGCUCUAAAAGCAGACUUGAUUGUUUUAAACACAGCAGUUGCUGGAAAGUGGCUAGAUGCUGUUCUCAAGGACAAUAUUCCUCAUGUCCUCCCCAAAGUUCUCUGGUGGAUUCAUGAAAUGCGAGGCCACUACUUCAAUCUGGAUUAUGUAAAGCAUCUUCCAUUUGUCGCUGGUGCAAUGAUUGAUUCCCAUGUAACAGCAGAAUACUGGAAGAAUAGGACAACAACACGCUUAGGGUAUGCCUUUAGUGCUUUUCUCAUCAUGUGAUUUCAAUGAAUUGUAUAUACUCUU